AGAAGGAAUGGUUUCAGAAUGGAGUUUGGAAUGAUAGGAAAUUGUUUCUACCAAUGAGAGUUGAUGAGAGCUGGGAUUGGGAAUCAUGGGAAAUUAUGAUAGAAGGUGGGAAGAAUUUUUCUGAGGAGGCAGUAGAGGAAGAAAGUGUGAUUCUCACAUUGGUUCCAGUGAAUGAGGAGCCUAAUGAAGAACAUCAAAUGGAACAAAGUGUUUCUUCAACUUCAGAAAUCAGCCUUAUGAUGCCUGGGUCAAGUGAUAAAGUUUGUCAUCCUCAGAUAAAUGAACAAUUCAAGUUUUGUCCGAAACAUAGUUGUAGUAUGCAAGUCCUUCCCUUACCAACCAGUUUACCUUCAUUUAAUAAAGUACGUUGGGACACUUUGCGGGACUGGUGCCAACAACUGAAUUUGAGCACGGAUGGCCGGAAAAUAGAGGUUUAUUUGAGGCUCCAGAAACAUGCUUACCCUGAAAUAAACCAGAGUAUUCCUGAAACAUCACCAGAAGCUAAAUUGCAGUCAUGUUCAAGGAAAGGCAAGAUGGUGGCCAAGAAAGCAAGGCUUUGGAAAAGUUGUAAGAAGAGUGAGAGAGAGGAGGGGAUUAAUACAGUCGAGGUGGUAACAUCAGCACAGGAAGGCAUGUUGGCAGCAUGGUCAAGAAUUGCUGCGAGAGCCAGUCAGUCCAAGUCUGUGAAUUCACGUUCCAUUCCUGCUUCUGUUGAGACCUUUCUGCUGCAAGCUUCUGGUGUCCGGUGGUGUGUGGUCCACGGCAGACCUCUCUUGGCAGACACACAAGGUUGGGUUCGCCUGCAGUUUCAUGCAGGUCAGGCCUGGGUGCCUGACACUCCCAAAAGGAUGAUCUCUCUCUUCCUGUUACCCGCCUGCACUUUCCCACCCCCAGGCCUAGAAGACAACAUGUUAUGCCCUGAAUGUGUGAAGAGAAAUAAGAAGAUGAUGAAAAGAUUAAUUGCACUGGGGAAGGAAAAGCGACCUCGUUUGAAUAGACCAACAUCAUUCCCUUUGGAUGGGCCAUAUCUUAAUAAAGAAUAAGUGGUGGAGAGCCCACAGCUACCAUUGACUUGCCUCCCAGUGGCUGGUUGCUGCAUUCUGUCCUAGCCGACCUUAGUGUUUGUUGCUUGAUAGGUUGAGUACAGAUGGGACUGUCAGGAUUCUGUACUUGACAUCUGCCAAGAAGUGACUGCUACUGAUGCUUUGAGCAUUUGGUUCUAUAGAAUAUAAAUCAGUUCUGCUUUAAUGAAUAACUUUUUUUUUUUUAAGUUUUAGGUUUUCAGAAAAAUUGAGCAGAAAGUACAGAGUUCUGAAAUACUGCUCCAGCCCUUUCCCCUACUAUUAGCAGCCUGCACCAGAGGGAGGGGUACAGUUGUUGAACCUACGUUGACUAUCAUUACCACCCAAAGCCCCAUAGUUCACAACAGGUUCACUUUUUGUGUCAUCUAGUCAAGGGCCUUGACAAGUAGAUCAUGACUGCCUGCAUCCUCGCCAUUACAGUGUUAUCAGAAUAGCUUCCCUGCUCUAAAAUUUUCUCAUUCCAUCUGUUUAACAUGCUCUUAGCUCCUGAUCACUCUGCAGCUUUGCCUUUUCUAGAAUGUCAUAUAUUUGGAAUCAUGGGAACCCUUUCAGACUGACUAAUUUCCACAGCAAUAUGCAUUUAAGAUUCCACCUUUUCAUGGCUUAGUAUUCCACUUAGUGCUAAAUAGCCCAUUGCCUGCAUGUUCCUCAGUUUAGUCAUUCCCAUAUUAAGUCAUCCAGACUGCCUCCUUCUUUAGCAGUUAUGAGUAAAGCUGCCGUAAACAUCUGUGUGUAGGUUGUCUCAGCAUACGUUUUCAGCUUAGGUAACUACCAGGGAGCAUGAUUGCUGGAUCAUGGGGUAAAAGUGUGUUCAGUUAUACAAGAAACUGGCAAUCUGUCUCCCAGAGGGGCUGGUAUUUUGCGUUCCCACCAGCAGUGAUUGAGGGUUCUCGUUGCUCCAGUUCCUUCCCAGCAUUUGGUGGUGUCAGUGCUCUAGAUCUUGGCCGUCCCAAUGGGUGUGUGGAAACAUCUCAUCUUAAUUUGCGGUUCCCCAGUGACCUGAAAUAUGUAGUAUACCAUAUGCUUAUUUGUCAUCUGUGUAUCUGGUAAAGUAUCCAGCCAGGUUUUUUUGCCUAUUUUUUCAUCUGGUUCACUUUCUUUUGUUGGGUUCUUUUAUAUUUUGAGUGAUUAUAUUUAUUGGAUAAGUCUUAAGAUAUUUUUCCUAGUCUGUGGCUUGUCUAACUCUCUUUAUCAAGUUGUAUAUUUAGAUCACUGACACUGAUAUAAAUGGCUUAAUAUCUG